AUGCUGGGAGAGGAAGACGAUUUAUCUCUGCUGACUGCAUUGCUGGAGGAAAAUCAGUCCGCUUUGGGUUGUAAUUCAGAGGAGGGCAACUCCUUGAUCCAGGAAGAUGGUGAACGUGACCAAUUUGAUGAACUCUUUGAUGCUGAUGAUGAUGAUGAAUCUUAUUCAGAGGAGCCUGUUGAUGGAGAAAUGGAAAGGACUGAAGACCAGAAGGAAAACCUGGCCACUCUCUUUGGAGAUACCGAAGAUUUAACAGAUGAAGAAGUCCCUUCUCCUCAAUCAACUGAAAAUAGGACUCUCCCAGUUCCUGCUCCUGCCCCUUCCCCUGGUCAAGAGAAAACUAAUCAAGAAUUGCAAGAUGAAUUAAGGAAGUUGCAAGAGCAAAUGAAAUCAUUACAAGAACAGCUCAGAGUAGCAACAAUUAAGCAGCCUGCAAGUCCAGUCCUUCUGCACAAGUCCUCUGGUAAAUCUCCACGUCCCCCACUUACGGAGAAGAAGGUUCAAAGAUUGCAGGAGUCAACAUGCUUUUCUGCAGAGCUUGAUGUUCCUGCUCUACCAAAAACCAAGCGGGUGGCUCGGGCACCUAAGGUCUCACCUGCAGGGCCUAAAAGUUCAACGUUAGGAAUGUCUAGUGCUGCAUCCUCCCAACCACUCCGAAAUAUUCCUGGAAACAAACUCAGUGAGAUGCCUAGAGACCAGAGCAUCAAGCCCUCCGGAAGUUCUGGGGAACCUGCUCAGACAGUCUCCGUAGAAGCCUUCUCUGGCCUGAGGCUCAGGCGGCCUCGUGUAUCCUCCACAGAAAUGAACAGAAAAAUGGUUGGCCGAAAACUGAUCAGACUGUCUCAUAUCAAGGAGAAGAUGGCAAGUGAGACGCUGGAAGAAAUGGACUGGGUGACAUUUGGAGUGAUAGUGAAGAAAGUCACUCCCCAGAGUUCUAACAAUGGGAGAACAUUCAGCAUCUGGCGACUGAAUGACCUUCGUGACUUGACACAGUGUGUGUCCUUGUUCUUGUUUAGAGAAGUUCACAAGGAACUGUGGAAGACUGAGCAAGGCACUGUCAUAGGAUUACUCAAUGCUAACCCCAUGAAACCCAAGGAUGGUUCAGAAGAGGUAUGCUUGUCUAUUGAUCAUCCUCAAAAGGUCCUGAUUAUGGGUGAAGCUCUGGACCUGGGAAUCUGUAAAGCAAAGAAGAAGAACGGUCAGCCGUGCACACAGAUGGUUAAUUUGAACGACUGCGAGUACUGUCAGUACCAUGUCCAGGCUCAGUACAGGAAGCUGAGUGCAAAGCGAGCAGAUCUGCAGUCCACCUUCUCCGGAGGAAGAAUUCCAAAGAAGUUUGCCCACAAAGGCAGCAGCCUAAAGGAACGACUGUGUCGAGAUGGUUUUUACUACGGAGGAGUUUCGUCUGCAUCAUAUGCUGCCUCGGUUGCAGCCACUACUGCUCCUAAGAAGAAGAUCCAAACCACUCUGACUGAUAUGGUUGUUAAGGGCUCAGACCUGAUUAUUCAGGAAACUCGACAAAAACUCGGAAUACCACAGAAGAGCUUAUCUUGUUCUGAGGAGUUCAGAGAAUUGAUGGACUUGCCCACCUUUGGAGCCAGAAACUUAAAACAGCAUUUGGCUAAAGCCAAGACAUCAGGGAUCCUGGGGAACCCUACACCUGCUAUACAGUCUAUCUCAGCAUCAGUCCUCUUGAAGCAACAGAAGCAACGUAUGUUGGAGAUGAGGAAAAAGAAAGCAGAAGAAAUCCAGAAACGAUUUCUCCAAAGCUCAAGUAAAGGCGAGAGCCCAGCUCUGCCAUCUUCUUCUCGACAGCCCCCUGUUCAGUCUUCACAAACAGGAGCCAAGUUUCCCAGGCAGGAGGAAGCCCCAACCACACAGACACCCAAGCUUGGGCGAGGCAUCUCUGAAGGAGACGAUGUUCUCUUCUUUGAUGAGUCACCGCCACCAAGACCAAAACUGAAUGCUUUAGCAGAGGCCAAAAAGUUAGCUGCAAUAACUAAAUUAAGAGCAAAAAGCCAGAUUCUUAUGAAGACAGACCCAAACAGCAUUAAAAGGAAGCAGAGGGACCCAGAGGAUGUCUUGGAAGUGAUGGAACGUGUGAAAAAGAACAAUACACUUUCUCCUCAAGCUGAGGAUGAAUUAGAACCUGCUAAGAAAAAAUGGAAGGAGCAGCUUGCCUAUCUGGAAUCUGAAGAAUUUCAGAAAAUUCUAAAUGCAAAAUCUAAGCACACUGGAAUCCUCAAAGAGUGUGCCUACACCCAUUUCAAGCCCUUGGAGACCUGCGUCAGUGAGCAACACCAAUACCACUGGCACGAUGCUGUGAAGAGGUUCUUCAAGUGUCCCUGUGGAAACAGAAGUAUCUCCCUUGACAGGCUCCCCACAAAGCACUGCAGUAACUGUGGCCUCUUCAAAUGGGAACGGGACGGAAUGCUAAAGGAAAAGAAAGGUCCAAAAAUUGGAGGAGAAACCCUGUUACCAAGAGGAGAAGAACAUGCCAAAUUUCUGAACAGCCUUAAGUAA